UGAUCCAAAAUAUUCGUCGUUUUUUCGAGAGAAAAGAUUUUAUAGAAAUUGAAACCCCCAUUCUGGUUUCUGCGGCCUCCGGAGCUCAGGCCAAGCCUUUCAUCACUCAUCAUAAUAAAUUACACCGAGAUUUUUAUUUGCGAAUUGCGACCGAAAUACCCCUCAAAAAAUUGCUGGUGGGCGGUUUUGAAAAAAUUUAUGAAAUCGGUCGUAUAUUUCGUAAUGAGGGUAUCGAUGCUCGCCAUAAUCCGGAAUUUACCACGAUUGAAGUUUAUCAGGCUUAUGAAAAUGCGGAAUAUAUGAUGGACCUGACUGAGGAACUGUUGCAUUAUUUAGCCCAAAGGGUUAUUAAGAAAGAAGAAUUUGAAUUUAAUUCUCAUACUGUUAGUCUCCAAAAACCCUUUCUUCGCUUAGCAAUGAUGACUGCAAUUAAAGAGCAUGUUGGUAUCGAUUUCAACCAAAUAAACAACUUAGAAGAAGCCCUAGAAUUAGCCGCCAAACAUAACUUAAAACUAGAAAAGUUUCAAAAACCAACUUUUAUUUAUGAUUAUCCAAUCGAAGUUUCGCCAUUAGCCAAAAGCAAGCCGGAAAAUGAAAAAAUUGCUGACAGAUUUGAGUUAUAUAUUGGUGGAUUAGAGUUUGCUAAUGGAUAUAGUGAACUAAACGACCCC